AUGCCUCGAAAGACAAAAUCUGAAGUGCCAAUAUCCAACGUCCUAAGAAAAUGGCAUAAAGCUACCUCUGCGUUACUCAGUCUCCUUCAUUCUUCAAUGAAACUUUUCACUGGGAUUAGGGAGUUUGUAAAAACAACCCGACUCGUUGGAAGCUGCUUAACACAAAGACAAGAACUCAAGACAAGUUCACUAGUUCACAAUCCGGAGCAGUCAAAAGACUACACAGGUUCAAAACUUUGGAGCUUUUCCAUCUCAAACAAUAAAGUCCAAAACAGAAUCCAUUUUGAUUUCUUCUCCUCUACAGUAAAUGCAGCAAAAGUGGAUCCAUCCCCCUCAGGACGAAGACCUGAUUUGACGGCGAAGGGGAAAAAUGAGUUGGUUGCUCUCUUUUCAAGAAAGAGUGGAGUGGAAAACAGAGGCGAGGUCAAGCAGCGCUGCACGUCAACAUACACUAUUCCAAGCCAACGGAUGUUUUCUAGAUCAACGGUUCCCACACCGCAUCGCACACAGCCACAACCAACUCGUCUGGACACUUGCGCAGGAAACUGCCAGUGA